GGUUUCUGAUCCCUUUCACUUCCUGUACUUUACUAAUACGUUCACAGCUCUCUGGGUUUGGCUUGACAGAAGUGUUUAACAGGGAAGGGGGAAAAAAACACAGCAAAAAUAAGUAGAUUAAGGGUGCAAAAUCAGUGGACACACCUAGACCUCUUCAGCAGAUGAAUAUGUAAAUUACUCAGUUUAAAAUGGCUGUUGUGGUUUACUGUCUGGCAUUGGUAGAAAGUAUUAAUCAUCUGUAGGCUGAGACUGGUGUGAAAUCAUUGUGGCUCAUUAAAUGCUCACUGUGUAAGCUACUACAAUCAAAGAGGAGAGCAUACAUUCUGUUUCUGACUGCACUGAUUUGAACUUUAUUAUCAUUUUUUUUUAAAUACAGAACAAAGAAUAGCAAACAAUUAAAAAACAAAAACAUGGAGCGACGUAGUCGCGAAUCUUGUGUAUCGUUUUGUCUGGUUUUGUUGUUCAUUUUUCGCUGUGCUUCUUUCAAUUUGGAUACGGACAGUCCUUCUGUUUUUUUGGGACCCGAUGGAAGUUAUUUUGGCUUCUCAGUGGAUUUCUUCAAGCCUGACGAGAAACAGUUAAACGUUUUAAUUGGUGCUCCUAAGGCCAAUACUUCACAUUCAAAAAUUGUGGAGAGGGGGGCAGUGUACAGUUGUCCAUGGCAAUCAAGCAGUACCUGUCAGCAAGUGCAAUUUGACAAUACAGAUGACCGAUACAAUCCAAACGGUGAGCAGAUGGAGUUCAAGUCAAACCAGUGGUUUGGAGCCACCGUGAGAUCUAAAGGUGAUCAGAUUUUGGCCUGUGCUCCUCUUUACCAAUGGAGAACAUUUGGGACAGCAGAAAGAGAGCCCGUAGGGACCUGCUACCUAAAAAAGGGGAAUACCAUUGUUGAGUAUUCACCUUGCAGAACAGAUAAAAACAAUCCAGAAGGACAAGGUUUUUGUCAGGCAGGAUUUAGCAUUGACUUUGUAAAGGACAAUCGCGUUGUUGUUGGAGGGCCUGGUAGUUUUUACUGGCAAGGUCAACUGAUUUCUGAUCUGAUUCCUCAGAUUGUGAAUAAAUAUAAUAAGGAUUCCUAUUACACAUUGUAUGAUAGUCAACUGACUACCAAGCCAGCCAGUGCUGCAUUUGAUGACAGCUACUUAGGCUAUUCAAUAGCUGUUGCAGACUUUAAUGGCGAUGGAAUAGAUGAUUUUGUGACUGGUGUUCCCAGAGGAGCUCGAGCUCUUGGUUAUGUGACAAUUUUCAGUGGCACAACUAUGGAGUCCCUCGUUAAUUUCACUGGAGAGCAGAUGGCAGCUUACUACGGGCAUUCUGUUGCUGCUGUUGACAUUAAUAAUGAUGGCCUUGCAGAUCUCUUUAGUGGAUCCCCUCUCUUCAUGGACCGUGGGUCUGAUGGGAAGCUCCGAGAGGUUGGUCAGGUGUACGUCUAUCUGAGGGACAGCCCAGUCUCCUUCACAAAGAAAACACAGAAGCUGACGGGCGCUGAGAUCUACGCUAGAUUUGGCAGCUGUGUUGCACCCCUCGGGGACCUCGAUCUCGAUGGCUUUAAUGAUAUUGCAAUUGCUGCUCCUUAUGGAGGGACAGACAACCAAGGUCUUGUCUACAUCUACAAUGGACGUGCUUCAGGACUAAACCCAACACACUCCCAGGUCCUGGAAGGGAAAUGGGCUUCCACCAGCAUGCCACCCAGCUUUGGAUACUCCAUGCACGGAGCCACAGAUAUAGAUCUGAAUGGAUACCCAGAUCUGAUUGUCGGUGUUUUUGGAGCUGAUAAAGCUGUCCUGUACAGAGCUAGGCCAGUAAUUAGUGUUAAUGCCACCUUGGAUAUCACCCCUCCAAUCCUCAACCCAGAUGAGAAGAAGUGCACUUUGCCUGGUUCAUCCGUUACAGUAUCUUGUUUUAAUGUAAAAUUCUGCUUAAAGGCACAUGGGAAAGGAGCCCCCACCACCCUCAACUUUCAGGUGGAGUUACUUUUAGACAAACUCAAACAGAAAGGAGCUAUAAAGAGGGUACUGUUCCUACACAACAGGCUGUCCUCCCAUACAAAAAACAUGUCUGUAACAAAUGGCAAGGGACCUGCCUGUGAAGAACUUGAUGCUUAUUUACGAGAUGAGACAGAGUUCAGAGACAAAAUUACACCAAUCACUAUCUUCAUGGAAUACAGCUUGGAUUAUAAAACCGCUGCAGAUGAAACAGGUCUCUUGCCAAUUCUGGACCAGUUUACUCCAGCUAAUAUCACCAAGCAGGCACACAUUUUACUGGACUGUGGUGAGGAUAAUAUAUGUAAACCAGAGCUGAAGCUGUCAGUAAAAAGUGACCAAACGCAGAUAUACAUUGGCGAUGACAACCCCCUGACACUUGAGGUAACUGCAGAGAACAGAGGAGAGGGAGCCUAUGAAGCUGAGCUCUAUGUGUAUAUGCCACCCCAAGCUGAUUUUAUCGGUGUGGUUCGAAACAGUGAGAAGUUAUCAAGAUUGUCUUGUGCAUAUAAGACGGAGAAUCAGACUCGUAUAGUUGUCUGUGACCUUGGAAAUCCAAUGAAAGCUGGAACAAAUCUUGUGUCUGGUCUGCGAUUCAGUGUUCAUCAGCUGUCUGAACAGGACACUUCAGUGAAGUUUGAUUUAAAAAUCCAGAGUUCCAACUUAUUUGAAAACACCAGUCCUGUGGUAUCCAGUUUGACUACUCUUGCUGUGCUAGCCAAAGUUGAAAUAAGAGGAGUUUCCACCCCUCACCAGCUCUUUCUUCCUAUUGCUAACUGGCAGCCCAAAGAAAACCCAAUGAUAGAGGAUGACAUCGGACCGCUUGUCCAGCAUAUCUAUGAGCUACGAAACAAUGGCCCAAGUACCUUCAGUAAGGCAAUACUAGACCUGGAGUGGCCUUACAAAUACAAAAAUGAGUCCCUGCUUUAUAUUAUUCAAUAUGAAAUCGAAGGACCUAUGAAAUGUACCACAGAUAUGGAAAUCAACCCUCUGAAUAUAACAAUGCCUAAAGCUCCAGAAACGAAUGAUACUACAAGAGAAGAUUCCCGGGAUGAUGGCAGAAACCGCAACCGUCGUGACCUUGGACCUGUCGAAGGGGAGCUGGAAACUUUGGGCUGUGGCAAAGCAGAGUGUCUGAAAAUCAAGUGCCAAGUUGGCCGCUUGGAGAGAGGAAAGAGUGCCAUCCUGUACAUCAGGUCGAGACUGUGGGCUGCAACCUUCAUGAAGAAUGAAAACCAAAACCAUUCAUACACUCUGAAGUCUUCAGCAACCUUCAAUGUGAUAGAAAUGCCUUAUAAGAACCUUACAUAUGAUUAUCCCUCUAAUUACACACUGGUUAACACCUCUAUUAUCUGGGUUAAGCCAGAUUCAGCACAGCCAGUCCCAGGCUGGGUCAUUGCACUAGCAGUCCUUGCAGGGCUCCUGCUUUUGGGCUUGUUGAUCUUUGUGAUGUACAAGGUUGGCUUCUUCAAACGUGUGCGCCCCCCACAGGAAGACGGCACAGAAAAAGAACAACUACAGCCUCAGGAGAAUGGAGAUGGAGGUGCAGAGGCUUAAAGGACUGUUACCACCAGUAACUUGAGAUUGUUACAAAUGCCAAGCCCUGUCUUUAAGACUUCCUCACUCCAAGGCAAUGACCACUUCAAUUAUUGCACUAUUAGUAAAGUGUACAAGAGCAAUAAAAAAGUGCUUAAGGAGAGAAAUGCUAUCUUAGUAUGCUGUGCGGAGCCAGUCAAACGCCAGUAGUCUUCCAUAACUAGAUCCCUUUCUUUUUUUUUUUUUUUUAAACGAAAUUGCCAUGUAUGAGUGUCUAUCCAAAUUAGAUAUACAAGCACUCCAUACUCAGCACACUGAGAACAAAUAUGAUUUUUUUUUUAAAUAACAAAAUGUAUUAUCAAUAUUUUACAGUGUCAGGGGAGAAGCUGAAGUUGAACAUGUUUUUAUUGUAGUCGGAACAAAAUCAUCACCAGCAGAAAAACUGGAUAGACAUGGAGAUUAAGCUAUUUGGCUGCAUCAUAUAUACUCUGUAUAGUAUAGUGAAUCUGGGAUUGGGGCCUCUGAGCAUGCUCACAAUACUGAUUAUGUUUUCUACUUAUUUGUGCAAACGUGUCAUGCAACUUAAUGCACUGAUUUUAUUUUGAAAAAUGUGUUCCUGUUUAGCAGGAAGACCAUGUUCUAUGCAUCAGACUAGCAAAAAAUAGCAGUCACAUAACUUACUUUUUACAAAUGAAAUCAUUAAUGCAAAUUCUUAGUAUCUUCACUUGCAUGGGUGUAAAAGUAGAAAAGGAACACUUUUGUAGAAUGAAAUGUCAAAUUUACUGAUGCUUUGCAACAAAAUAGCAAUACAAAUAAAACUCUUACCAUUUCCAGGGGGAGAUUUAGCCUUUAUAACAUUAAUUCUUGCUGAAUAACCUGUUGCAAUGUUGCACAAGGCUUAAUGGUACUGCAGGUUUUUAAAAAAGUUUUCAAUUGUUUUAGUGUGUGUGUGUUUAUAUAUAUAUAUAUAUAUAUAUAUAUAUAUAUAUAUAUAUAUAUAUAUAUAUAUAUGACGCAUACAUUUUUGUAUUUCUUUUAUGGAAAUUUGGAGCACAAUUCCCAGGGACAGCCUUUCUUCAAUUUUAAUCAACUCUUCAGCUACUGGUACAUGUUAUAUACAGUAGCCAGGAAUGUAUCAUUUACAAAAAAAAAAUCAGGUUUCAGUUGCAUUUUGUUAAUUAAGAAAUGUAAAUCAUUGUUUGUUUUUAGGUGGAUAACCACGGUAUUUAUUACAGUCUUCCAAAACUCUAAAUAUUAAUAUUAUCCCCUAGGAUUACAUACUAGCAUAAAAAUUACAAAAAUAAUGUAUUUUUAUAAUAAAUUCUAACACUACUUUUUAGUCUGCCCACUUCAUGCAUUAAAAGAAAAAAGGUACACCUUUUAUGUAUUCAGAUGAAAUUGAUGAAAAUAGAUAUUUUUUAUUGUAUUAAAUAUAAGUUUAUUAACAAAGGAAUUGGUGUAAAUGAUUCUUAUCAGCAUUGAGGAGCAUAGCUAGUAGUACUCAAUCGUUGUGGGCUCAUUUCAAAAUGCAAUCAAUAUUCUGUUUUAAAUCACAAAAAAAUACACAUGGAUUGAGUUUUUACAAUGUUAAUAAACUUUUUUAUACGGUAUAAUAAAGGUAAAAAGUAAAGUGCAAUAAAACGUCAUGUUAGAAACGAACUAAAUCAGUUGGAUUUUAAAAACGAAUUUAAACUAAUGUAGAAAUUUUUUUCUUCCAAAAAAAAGUAAGAAAUACAUUUAAAUAAAAUGAUGUCAUUAAACGUGAACAAAACAGUUUUACAUUACUUGGAGCUAGCGACUUGCAUUUCUGACUAUACAAGCGUUAUGCCAUGAAAUCCAAUCCAUUCGUUGUUUUCCCUAGGUUGUUACAGGCUAAUAAGAUUUAUUUGUAAUAUUAUUACAAUUAUUGAGAUGUAAGUAAAACUCUAGAAUGUAUUUUCGUCACCCACAUUGGGUGAAUAGAGUAAAAUGUGCUGAAAUUAAUAAUUUUACUUAAAAGAAAUCAGUUAGCUGUACAGUAGUUGGGGAAACUGAGAUCAUAUAUUCAAUGCUUUGAUACCUCUUCAUAAAUGCUUAUUCUUUUUGCAUUGCAGGCUUGGGUAUUUCUGCUUUUGUGUUUUACUACAUUUAUUAGGUUUUUUUGUUUUUUAAUUGUCUUCAUUUAAUCCAUUUCUUUUUGGGAUUAGUUUCAUUUAAAUACUGGAUCUAUUAACAUUCUGUAAUUAUGAAAAAGUAUUCAAAACUAGAACCUCUGUAUGAUGAUAAAGAUCUGCUUUGUCUGCUUGACCUCAUGUUAAUAAAAUAUAAUGACAAUGCUGUUUAGAACAGUCUUAAGAGGUUCUGAUUUUGAAGACAAAUAUACCACCUUGUUUUUUGGUGAUAAAGUAGUGUUUUAAUUGUGUGUGUGUGUGUGUGUAUAUACAUAUAUAUAUAUAAUAUAUAUAUAUAUAUAUAUGUGUGUGUGUGUGUGUGUGUGUGUGUAUGUAUGUAUGUAUGUAUGUAUGUGUGUAUAUAUAAACGUGGGUCAUAAUUACAAAACUGGGCACACCAUACUCUGAAAAUGUAAUUAUGCAGUAAAUCUUUGACAUACUAAAGCCUUAAAUACCAUGUUGAUGAAGUUAGUAGUAUUUGUUAAUGACACCUUCAAAAUAUUCCAACUUCACUUUUUUUGUUUUUUAUUAAAGCUGUUUAGCCUGUUUAAAGAGCGCCGUCUGUGUUCUGUGAAGCAGUGCAUUUCUUAAAAAAGAAAUACAGUGCUUUAGAUAAUGGCAGAUGCUGUGAUAUUGAUGGGGGAAAUAAAGGGGUAUUGUUCUUA